GCGGGAGGAGGAAGAGGAGGAGGCAGCAGGAGGAGGCGGGAUGGCGGCGGCGGCGGCGAGGCUGAGCGAGGGCUCCAUCGCGGCCAUGCUGCUGCAGGCGGAGCCGGUGGAGCGGCCGGUGCUGCAGCUGAUCAGCAUCCGCCCCAUCUCCACGGGGAACGGGCCCCCUCGCUACCGGAUGCUGAUGAGCGACGGCGUCAACACCCUCUCCUCUUUCAUGCUGGCCACCCAGCUGAACCCUCUGGUGGAUGACCAGAGCUUGACCGCCAAUGCCAUUUGCCAGAUUGACCGCUUCAUCGUGAACACUCUGAAGGACGGAAGGCGAGUGGUGGUCCUGAUGGAAAUGGAGGUUCUGCGGCCGGGUCAUGCGGUCCCCGCCAAGAUUGGGAAUCCGGUGCCGUACACCGAAGCAGCUGGACAAGCAGAGAGGCAGCCCGUGGCCACCAGCCCAGCAACCAGCCCUUUCCCAGGGAAGCCAGCGGGGCUCCAGAGGGGGUCUCCGGAUGCAGGUUCUUCCAAACUGCUGGGGAAGGCGGGGAGCAGCAGCCUCCUGAGCACCCCGGGGGGCUCUCAGGUCAAAGUGGUGCCCAUCGCCAGCCUGAACCCUUACCAGUCCAAGUGGACCAUUUGUGCCCGGGUGACCCAGAAGGGCCAGAUCCGCACCUGGAGCAACUCCCGCGGGGAAGGGAAGCUCUUCUCCAUAGAGAUGGUGGACGAGAGCGGGGAGAUCCGAGCAACGGCCUUUAACGACCAAGUGGACAAGUUCUUCCCUCUCCUGGAGCUGAACAAGGUCUACUACUUCUCCAAGGGGAACCUGAAGACGGCCAACAAACAGUACACCUCCGUGAAGAACGACUACGAGAUCACCUUCUCCAACGAGACCUCCGUCGUUCCCUGCGAGGACGCCGGGCACCUGCCCUCCGUCCAGUUCGACUUUGUGGCCAUCGGGGACUUGGAGAGCGCCAGCAAGGACUCCCUCGUGGACGUCAUCGGGGUCUGCAAGAGCUUCGAGGGGACCCAGACGGUCACCAUCAAGUCUUCCAACCGGGAGGUCUGCAAGAGGGAGCUGCACCUGGUGGACACGUCGGGCAAGACCGUGACCGUCACUCUCUGGGGCGCGGACGCGGAGAAGUUUGACGGCUCCCGGCAGCCGGUGGUGGCCAUCCGGGGGGCCCGAGUCUCGGACUUUGGGGGGCGGAGCCUCUCUGUGGUUUCCUCCAGCACCCUCCUGCUGAACCCCGACUGCCCACAGGCCUUCAAGCUGCGGGGCUGGUUUGACUCGGAAGGGCAGCACCAGGAGUGCGUCUCCAUCUCUUCGGGGCGGGGGGGCCUGGCGCCCGGGGGCAGCUCCAACUGGAAGACCCUGAGCGAGGCCAAGGCGGAGAACCUGGGCCAGGGAGACAAGGCGGACUACUUCAGCUGCGUGGGCACGGUGGUGUACCUGCGCAAGGAGAACUGCAUGUACCAGGCCUGCCCCACCCAGGACUGCAACAAGAAGGUGGUGGAUGAGCAGAACGGCCUCUACCGCUGCGAGAAAUGCGACCGGGAGUUCCCCAACUUCAAGUACCGCAUGAUCCUCUCGGCGAACAUUGCAGACUUCCAGGACAACCAGUGGCUGACCUGCUUCCAGGAGUCUGCGGAGGCCAUCCUCGGGCAGAACACGGCUUACCUGGGGGAGCUGAAGGAGAAGAACGAGCACGCCUUCGACGAGGUCAUCCAGAACGCCAACUUCACCUCCCACGAAUUCCGCAUCCGAGUCAAGCUGGAGACAUUCAAUGAUGAGUCGCGCCUGAAGGCCACGGCCGUGGAGGUGAAGCCCAUCAACUUCAGCGAUUACUGCCAGAGGCUGAUCAUGAACAUCCGCAAGAACGCCGCCCGGCUGGGCUGAGCCCCCGAGCAGAGCAGGAGAUGGGCGUGGCCCGCCGGCCCCUCUCCCCUUCCACCACCACCCCCAUCGCUCCGCAGCAAAGACCCCUCUGCCCUGGAGAAGCCCCCACGAGCCCCUGGCCCAGAAGGGCCCGGCUGGGAUGGCGCAGCCCAGGCGGCCUCACUCCUCCACCCCCACCCUGGACAGUUUUGGGGGGUUUUGAGUGGAAUUCUUAAUGCAGGGUGGAUCUCUUCCACGUUUGUCGUUGAAUGGGCUGCAAAGUCAGAUCCGGACCAGGAGGGUCCCUGCUGAGGGGGGGCGAUAAGCGUUGAGUUUCCUCUCUGUCUCUCUCUCUCUCUAUAUAUAUAUAUACACACACAUACACACACAUACACACACACACACCUUGCCACCACCACCCCAAACACACACACACAGCAGCGCCUUCAGUUUUUCACUUCUGUUCAUACCCCAUUUUUGGGCUGCCCACUGCAGUCUCUCUCCUCCUCACUCCCCCCCCCUUUUGCUAUUUUUAUGCAGAGAAAAUUAUCCUAUUUUUCCUGAGAGGAAGAAAUGUGGAGGGGGGGCUGCAGGUGCCCCUUUUCUUUCCUAAUAAAGAGUGUUCAAGUC